CUGGUCGGACGAGACUCGCUGCCGUACAGAUUCCAUUGACAUUGCUGGGACAGGUGAUAUCAAACCCGAAGUGUUCGCCGCGGGUGACCGCAGCGAAGAGGCAGCCCGCUCCUCGGUUCUGACACCGGGACUUUGGAGCAGCCAUGUACCGGCGGCCGCUGCAGGUUGCCGCCAGAAGCGUCGUGAGAGCGGCGAGUAGCAGGAGCGCCCGCGCGAAGGUGUUGGAGCAGGAAACCUACGCGGGAGCUUCAGCAGCCUGUCGGUGGACCAGAAUCAGCUGUUCGGCACCGGGUCGGACUCUGCACAUGGACUCUCAGCUGUGCAGCGUGAAGGAGACGGCCCAACACGCGCAGGAGGAGGUCGGAGCUUUCACCAAACUCUUCGAGGCCAUGGGCUUCCCAUCGCCGCUCAAAUACAACAAAUGGAAAAUCAAGAUCGCUGCCCUGAGAAUGUACACGUGUUGUGUCGAGAGGAUCAACUACGACGACUUCUUUGAAAGAUGCUCGCUGCCGGACACGUUGAACUCCUGGUUUCUGGUCACACAGCUGCAUGUUUGGAUGUGUUUGGUCCGGAUGCGUCAGGAAGGCCGCGAGGGAAAGUUCUUGUGUCACUACAUCGUCCACUCCAUGUGGGGGGACGUCGAACAGAGGAGCAAAAUCAUGGGGGUCAACUCCGUUCAUAGAAAAGAAGCCACGAAAGCCAUGACGGAGAACUUCUACGCAGCCAUGUUCGGCUACGAUGAGGGGAUCCUGUCCGAUGACCACGUGCUGGCUGCAGCUCUGUGGAGAAACCUCUUCUGUUGUCAGUGUGAAGACCCCCGACAGCUGGAGCUCAUGGUGGAAUACGUCCGCAAGCAGAUGCAGUUCAUCGACUCCCUGGACAGUGAGGACCUCCUGCUCACAGGGGAGGUGCAGUGGCGCCCCCUCCUGGAGGAGAACGCUCAGAGCAUCCUGAAGGCGGUCAGUCCCACCUACAACGACGCGGGGCUGUGAGGUGAAGAUCCACUCCCUCCUCUUCCUCACUAACCAUCAGACACUUCCUGCUCGUCAUCGUUGGACACUUCAACCCUGAACCUGUAGAUUCUCUUCUUCUCUUUACUUGAUGAAGCAACAGACAGGCGGGGAUCAUGACCCAGACCCGUCAGAACCUUUUCAUCAACCAGGUCAGGAACACAAAACACCUUCAUCAUCAUCUUCAUCGUCCUGUUGGGUUUUCCCUCUCAAACAAACUCUUUUUGUCUUUAUUUUCAUGAAUACUGUAUUUAUAAAGUAUUUUGAAUUACUGUGUGUC